AUGAUGACGCGCUCCGGGGUGGAGCAGCCCGACAUGCGCAAGCGGACAUACGACGAGCUAGUCGAGUACGAUUCGCCCGAGUCAUCGGAGUACGACUUCGGUGGUGACACGUCGCCUGACGAUGAUGACGAAUACGGCGAUAUCAGCUCCAUCGAUCACGAGUCCCUAGACGGAGAUAACAUCCGUAAUGAUGACGCCGAAGAUUCUGAGAUUGUUAGGACAACACACCCGUCAAGGGACGACCGACCAGACUCCCGACUAUACACAGGGUUGGAGCCAUUAGUGGUCAACGAGGAGCUCUGUCUUGAGACUGGGUUAGACGCAGUGCACCCUGGCUUACCACCAAGAAGGCCACUGCUGGAAGUUGGCGUCACCGACUUCGACAUCAACGAUGGAAGCUCCUACACACAGGGCACAAUGAUGCCUGAGAAGCAAGGCCUUGUCAUUGAUCUCACUCGACAGUUCUACGCGUUCAAACCACAGCUCAGGAAGCUUUACGAGGGGCGAUCCACUGCCAAAAAUUGGCCACCUGAGGAGCGUACUGCCCACGAUCUCGCCGAGAUGAAAAGCAUGGCCGUGUUAGCGCGAGCCACCCAAUAA